AUGAUACAUAAAAUUUGUGUGCCAACAAUUGCUUUUACAGUAUUAGGAUUUCUUUGGUCAAUACCUUUACCAAAAUUUGUUCGUCAAAAUUUUGGAAAUCUCUUUAGUCAUUUUAUUCCAAUGCUUGCUAUUGGACCUAUAUUAACAUUUUAUUUUCGUUUAUCAACAAAAAUGGCUGUAACAAUGUUAGUGAUUGUUUUAUGUGAAUUGGCUCUUUUAGCUAAAAUGCAACAAAAACGAAUACGAAUAUUUCGAUUAUCAUUGGCAAUAUUUAUUUUGGCUUGGAUUGGGCAAUUUAUUGGACAUGGUAUAGAAGGAAAAAAACCUUCAUUUUUGGAAGAUUUACAAUUUUUGGCUGUUGGACCACUUUGGACAUUGGCUAGUGCUUUUCGUGUUUUAAAUAUUGAAUAUUAA